GGUCCUGCCCCGCAGGCGUCCGGCACCAUGGCUCUGUCCUGGAGGAGCUGGCUGGCCAACGAGGGGAGCAAACACCUCUUUCUGGUUUUCUGGCUCUUCCUCAAUGUAUGGCUCUUCUGGAAAACCUUUCUGCUCUAUAAUCAAGGGCUGCAGUAUUAUUAUCUGCAUCAGAUGUUAGGGCUAGGAUUGUGUGUUAGCAGAGCUUCAGCAUCUGUCCUCAAUUUCAACUGCUGCCUGGUCCUUCUACCAAUGUGCCGUGUUCUCCUGGCCUUCCUGCGAGGAUCUCAGAAGGUUGCCAGCAGGAAAACCAGAAGGCUGCUAGAUAAAAGUAAAACUUUCCAUGUGACGUGCGGGGUUACAAUAUGCGUCUUUUCAGUCUUACAUGUUGCUGCUCAUCUGGUGAAUGCUCUUAACUUCUCUGAGAAAUACAAUGAAGAGUUUCUGGCACUAAAUGCAGCAAACUAUCGCGGUGAGGACCCGAGGAAACUGCUUUUUGCUACUGUUCCAGGUCUGACUGGAGUCAUUAUGGUGUUAGUGUUAUUCCUGAUGUGUACAGCUUCUACGUAUGCCAUCAGGGUUUCAAACUAUGACAUCUUCUGGUAUACGCACAACCUUUUCUUUGUCUUCUAUAUGCUGCUGAUGCUGCACGUUUCUGGGGGAGUGCUCAAGUACCAGACCAACUUAGAGGAACACCCUCCUGGUUGCUUUAAUCCUAACAAAACACUCCGACAGAGUAUGACGGUGCCAAAGGCUUUUGAAGAGCCAUUUCCUGACUAUACUACUGAGCCUUUCCCAGAGGACUUACCAGUACCAGAACCCUUUGUACAAAAUAACUUUAUGGGAAUUUGUUCUGAGGAACCCAAGUUCCAGUCACACUUCCCAGAGACCUGGUUUUGGAUUUCUGGACCUCUGUGCUUGUACUGUGUGGAGAGGCUGUACCGCUACAUCCGCAGCAAUAAACCAGUCACAAUAACGUCAGUGUUUAGCCAUCCCUCCAACGUCCUUGAAGUAAGGAUGAUAAAAGACAACUUUAAAGCAAGGCCUGGUCAGUAUGUUAUUCUACAUUGUCCAAGAGUGUCUGCACUGGAAAGCCAUCCAUUCACCCUUACAAUGUGCCCUACAGAUACCAAAGCAACGUUUGGGGUCCACCUUAAAGUAGUAGGAGACUGGACAGAAAGAUUUCGGGAUUUACUGCUUCUACAUUCAAAUCAAGAUACAGAGAUUCUGCCCAUCUUUCAGCAGAGGCGCUAUCCCAAACUGUAUGUGGAUGGACCUUUUGGAAGUCCCUUUGAGGAAUCCUUGAACUACGAGGUCAGCUUCUGCGUGGCUGGAGGUAUUGGAGUUACACCAUUCGCAUCAGUACUCAACACACUGCUUGAUGGCUGGAAAUGCUACAAGCUCAGAAGACUCUACUUCAUUUGGGUGUGCAGGGACAUCGAAUCUUUCCGCUGGUUUGCAGAUCUGCUGUGUAUGUUGCAUAACAAGCUUUGGCAGGAGAAUCGACCAGACUAUAUAAAUAUCCAGCUGUACCUCAGUCAAACAGAUGGAAUACAGAAAAUAAUUGGUGAAAAAUACCAAGCUUUAAACUCAAGACUUUUGAUUGGACGACCCCGGUGGAAACUCCUGUUUGAUGAAAUAGCAAAGUGUAACAGGCGGAAGACCAUUGGAGUUUUCUGUUGUGGACCAAACAAAAUCUCUAAGAUACUUCAUAAACUGAGCAACAGCAGCAACUCUUAUGGGACAAGGUUUGAGUAUAAUAAAGAAUCCUUCAGCUGAAAGUCUGUUGGACUAGCAAGACUCUCUGGAAGAUAAAAGUGCAAUUUUUUGUUUGUACAACUUAAAAGUUCAGCUGUGGUUUAAACAGAAAUGUACCAAAGAAUAGCACAGAUUUUCUUAUUUAUGAUUAUUUAAGACUUUGGAAAAUGAUGGAUGUGGCAGUAUACCAACAAAUAAUAAGUGCUUAAGCUCAAACCCAAAUGCGCUCGCACAAUAUUUGUGGCAGCGGUGAUUCUUUGGAGUUGUUUCUGUUAAUUAAAAAGUACAGAAGCUGGGGAGAGACACAAUUGCUUUAAAAGCUGACAGAACAAGAAUCCGUGGAACGUUUGAACUUCUUCCACUUCAGUCCUCUGAAGCUGGAUCAGUAAACCAAACCCCAGGUUAAUCCAAAUGACAAAACAUAGUGUAUUGCAAAGACUAUCGCUUUUGUUGGUAUACAGAUCUCAUGGCUUUGGGGUGAAAACACUCCGUAUUAAAUAUUUUAUACAUUGCAGAAUUGGGAUUCUGUAUUUACAAUAAUGACUGUUACUCUCGCUAGUCUACUUCUGUAAUGGAUGUGAAUAUUCCCACCCCAAAUGGAAGAGAGUGGAAUAUCGGGAAAGAUGUAAGUUAACCUAUGGAAAAGCGAGCACAACUGUGUAGUACCUGUGGGCAGACCCCUCUGUGAUGUAAAUCACAGCCUUCUGGUAAGCAGACAGCUGUAUGUGGAGAACUCUCUAUCUUGCAUCGACUCAACAUUCAGUGAGUUUGCAAAAUCAGUGUGAUUUAGGCAGCCAGAAAGAUGGAACAGGAAAAGCAAUUAAAAGGAGGAGGCAGGAUAUGAUGUUUUAUUAUACCACGUGCUCAGUGUGGAAGUUGCACUCACUCUGCACUCACAUGCCCUGCAUGUCAAAUGCUUGAAGCAUUCAGAUGGUCUUACUGAUCAUUUUAUAAUGCAACAGGUUUAAAUACAAUUUUAGAGGUCCCAGCGUGUAUUGGUUGACUGUGAUCCUUUGAGUACCUUCCCUGGAGUCACACUUCUUUGCACUGAUGUCACUGAAGGCAGGAUCAGGCUAGAUCUACAGCAGAGUAAGAGCAAAGCCCUCAUUACUGUGGCUCUUUGCAUCAUGUGUGCAGAGGGAAACCUUCCAGGAGCUACAGUGUGCUUUCAGUAUGUUCCAAAGGGAUCUGAAACAUGCACAUUUAAGAUCUUCUCUUCUCCUCACAGCUGUCUCCACUCUGCUCAUAGUUGCCAUGGAAGGGCUAGAGGUUAUGGCAGGUACUUUAUAACUUUUUGGUUCUGAGGAGCAAGGUUUUUUUCCUCCACCCAGUAGCUAAUCCAACUCCUUUUAUUUCUUCUUUACCCCCUUCCCUUAUUUUGCUGAGAAGAGGGCAUUUAAGCAGGAGUCAGACACUUAGCUGGCAUAAAUAGGCAUCAUUCUAGUGCAUCUUAAUAGGGCAGCAUCACUUUACACAUGCUGAAAACCUGCCCCUCUUAAUCUCCAGCAGAAGCUUGGGAGGAGUACUGUGUAAUGUUUGCAGCACACACAGACAUAAGAUGGCUCAGCACCUCUCACACCUGUGGUUCACCUGUAUUUAGCACAGUGCAUUUGAUUUGGUUUGCAUAUUUCCAGUGAACAUCUUGUUGUUUUAAUAGGAAAGGCACUAAUUUUCAGCUCACAACACAGACCCUCUACAGGGAUCUACAAGUGUCAGAAUCUGUUCAGAGGGAAGCAUUUUUCUAGUAGGUGGUGUACAGGCAUGUUGUAUGUGUAACUAGUGAAAAUGAGUUUGGUCUUUGUCUUGGCAGCUUCUGCUCAGGAGUUGCCCUCAGUGGAGCAGCAAGGUAGAGGUGCAGCAGCGAAGCCAUGUGAGGGUCUGUUCCUCAGUGUCUGGACUUUGCACUGAAGUUUUUACCUCUGGCUGUGCCCGAUUUGAAAUUCAGGGGGGAAGGAAAGAGCCAGAGAUGGGCAUACUCAUACUGAUGAGAAUUCUCAAAGCAGCCAAGAGGGGAGAAGACAAAAUAGAAAUGGAGUGUGAGACGGGAGCCUACAUUGCAGCUACUGAUUUUAAUUUCUUUUUUUUGAGGCUGGAAGGAUCAUUAUUUUCCCAUUGGAUCUCGUUCAUCCAUCACUGUAAAACCGGAGGUAUGCAGCAAAGGAUUAGAACGUUUUAAUCAUUAAAAUUAUUUCUAAUACUGCCUGUAUGGGGUUUAUUAUAAACAUGACACUGAUGGCAAAAUGCAUAGUUAUUGGAUAUUGCUGAUGCUGCAGGCUUUUUUGUUUGCUGGCAGUUAACUUAAAUUAUGAUUGGAAUUGUGACUGUAUCUAUUAACCACAACCAGACAGUGAUCUUCUUCCUCCUGUUUUAGGGUCUAGUAUCUAAUUUUUUUAAAAAAAUACAGUUUAGAGUCAUCUAAUCACAAUGUUGUUUGUCAUUUCACACCUCCUGUCUGAUAGAUGUCGGUUCCAUUACCGUAUAAUGAGCAGCUAGUUUUGUAGUUAGCUCUGUGCUAAAACAGAUUAUAUUUUCUGGCUCAGCUCCUAUAUAGGUAGCGCUUUAGAAUUAAAAUAGCAAUACUAGUACUGUGCUCUUGUUCUGCAUUGUAGCAGGAGCUGACGCUGUGUGUAGGAUUGUUAAAUGCCUGUUUUUACAUUAAGCAGUGCUGUCAAAGUGAGAUAUAAGCAGAGACAGGAUCUCCUCUUUUUGCCUUUGUCCUGUACCAGCCUCAACUGACCCACUUCUGAAACAGGCUUGGGACUGUCUACCUUUCUGGAGUGCUGUGAGGCUUAAUUAAUGUUUUGGGAUCACUUCAGUGCACUUGCAGUGAAAAGUUCUGUCUAAUUGCUAUGCAACCGUAUUUGUGUUUUGUUUUGUGUAAACCUUUCUAUUGCCGAUAUAAGCAAUUGCUAGACCAGGUGAAGGUGAGUUUUGGGGAAAGUUAAAAGCCUCAGUUGUGGUUGGCUUUUUUUUUUUCUUUUUCCUUGAGUAAUGCGUUUUAGAGAAGCAAAAAGUUUUAGGGUUGGUGACUGUCAAUUGGCUUCAAGAGUGGCAGAUGUUAUGAUAAACGCUGUCUUCCUACAAGCUGCAUUGUGCUUGCUGUUUCUGAGUAUGUCUCCAGCUUGUAAAACCAAACCAACCCCUCUUUUAAAAAACUCCAUAGCUUUUUUUAUCUGUAAGCCAAGCAUACAUGAAAAUAUAACUUGGUACCAGACAAGUAAGUGAAGGCUGACAGCACUUAAUUCCACAUUUGCAGAUCAACCGGAUUUAUGUAGUUCAAUGUCUCUUAAUGCUUUAAACUGAGUCCUGUAAGUGAGUCUGUCAUAAGUGCCCUCCUGCAGGGGAGGGAUCCCACCAUGUAUUCUGCCACUUCUCACUCUGUCCGGCACAAAACUGCAGACUGCUCAGUGUUUGCUCAGUGGGAUCUUUGUGUUUUAGUCAUCAGAAGUGUUUCAGGACUCCAGCCCUUGUACAGCAAUGUGAGACUCGAGGCUUUACACAGCUAACAGCUGGAUUAAUCAGAUUUACCCGAGAAAUCCUGUUCCCAUAGCACUGAGAUUACUUGUGUAAGUGUUCACUGCUGUAGCAAAGGACUGCCGAGGUGAGCCCUGCUGGAGCGUGGGAAGGCCUGAUGAGGAGCGACCUUCACCUCUGUAGUCUGCAGUGCAGCCUGUCUCUCCAUGAUGAUUAUUUCAGCCCUGAGUUUGGAGCAACACUGCCCUAUUUCGAUAUAUGGUAUUAAUAGCAUGCGAGUUCUUCCUUGGUUCUUUGUCUGUUCUUCUAGGAGACAGAUCUGAAAGGAAUACAAGAGAUCACAACAUGCAGCCUUGAACCUGGGCUGGCCAAAGGAUGCCAGUGCAUACCACAGACGCCUAGCCCAUGACUGCACUGCUUAGGCUAGAAAGUUGAUUUUCCUGCAAAAUGCUGAUUGUUUAGCCACAACAGACUAGGGAACAGUUGUGGUAAAGGGAAAAGAGAUAAACCCUCUUGCUGUUUGACAACUCCCGCCCACGCAAGCCUGAUGUGGAGAUGUGUAUGAAAGCACUGCGCACAUUCAGCUGCCACUGCAUCCCAGUGGUGGGCUUACUCCCUCAGCUCUCAAUCCCCAUUGUUUCCUUUGGUUGCAGAUCUUCACCUGGCUUGUUAAGCAGAUGUGCUUUGCAGGUGAGAGAAGUGCUCUAUGUACUUCCAUCCAUAUGUAGUCUGAUAUAAGCAUGGAAGCAACCUGUGAGCACACUGCACAGACAGUGCAAGCUAGUGCAGGUGUCCCGUUGUUUCUAAUACUUCUCGCACACAGGUGAGAAUGAUUUGGAGCUGGCUGAGAAGGGGCAAAUAGUACGAGUGGCGGACCACUUCACCGGGAACAGUAAUGUAGCUGUAACAGCCUGACAGAGCAGAGAAGUGAUGGCUUGGUAAGAGAUUUGCUUUUAGAACAGCAGCCUAAGAGAAAACCCUCUACUCAACCCUAAUGUACCAGGUUACAGUUUCAGACUGCAAGACAUCGCUUAGAGAAGCAGGCAGGAGGCUAACUAGUCAUUGCCUAUAGCAGUUCAAGCCCUGCAAGUCAGAGAAGAGACAUAGUUAUUAAAAUGCAAUGUUUACUUGUUUAAAGAAGAAAAGGGCUUCUAGGAAGAUUAAUUUUCACUUCACCCUGGCAAUCAUUUCAUAAACAUGCCAGUGUGAUUUAAGACAAGCUAGGUCUGUUCUCCUCUGGAUUGUGCAUCUGAUUUGUCUGCAGAUUACCCAGCUCUCACAAAUAAAACCAGUUUUUAUUGUUUUAGCAAAAAGGAUUUAACAGUAAGGUUUAAUCAAAAUGCCAGUGGUGCCUGUGCUGAACUGAGCUUUUCUAUAAUGAAUGUACAUUUUCCAGGAAUGUAUAUAACAUAGCUGAUGACUCAACUGUGAACAGUGUUUUGGGGUUUGCAUCGUCUCUGCUGCUGGUGUGUUUCUUUAAGGCCACUACAGUGAUGCACUGGUGAAGUGCAUGGAGCCGAAAUGAAACUCUUUAUUCCCAUAAAUAGCAUGAUAUUUCAGUGUCUGUACUAAGCAUAGUAAAUCCCAGAAAGUGGAAUUUCUUUUGUGGGUACAGUAGAUUAAUUAGCCAGCAUCUUCUAGGAUUGAACCCUGAGUCCUCUACUGGACUGACAUGUAUAACACAUGCUGUUACACAAAGGUUCUGACCAACAGAUGCUGCUCCUUUAAAGGGCUGUUUGAGUAUUUGUGAAGGUUUACUAUGCCACUAAUGGUAUCAGCCAUGGUGUAAGAGAGAAGGGAUCUGGUUUGGUAGUGAGGAAUGCUGUGCAGUUCCUCUGAUGUUAUGAAUAUGUCCAAACUUGCAGUGAAUGCUCAAGGUUUGCCAUACCUGAAGAGUUACAUUCUCUAGAAGGAUCGGAUUUGCAAGAGGCAGCUGCUGGAGCUGUGCAAACAGCAGUGGAUCUGUCCCGUUGUUACAGGGGCAUGGGGAGAAAGCUGGAGAAAGCCACCCAUCCCAAUUGUAGAUUGCCUCUUAACAGAGCCUUUGGAUUUCUGAGGGUGUCAGACCUUGCAAAAAAUAUUUACAUGCUAUCUGCAUCUUCGUGGCAAAGUCAGUCCAUCCUACAGCCCAAAAUCUGCACCUUUGUCCUAAUGCUCUGUACUGUUACAACAGGAGAGGGAAGCCAAGAGUAGCUCCUGAAGCUUCAGGUAAACUGCUGUCAAUUGAGGAGCAAACCGAGAAGGGCAAGAGAGGAUGAUGAAUACCAACAGUGAAGAGGAUUAAUUAUUUUGAACCUGAGAGCAAAGGAGAAGGAGAGAGAUGUUCUUCUUGGCUUCUCAACUUUAGAAAUAAAAAGCAAGUCCUAUUGUCUACAUGUGGAUACAAAUCUCCCUGGGGUUUGAGAACUAAUACAUGUAAAUACAUCGCCUUUCUGUGCACAACUCCUUGCUAAAACGCAGAAGAAAACUACUAUAUUUUAGCAUCUUGGAAAUAAGCAAUUUGUUUGAAAUAAAUCCACCACUGACUCUUUCGAGUUAACCUGUCUCAAAAAACAUCUACUUCUGCAGCUUUGGGGCUGGGGAUGGCCUGUUAACAACUUUUCACAAAAUACUGCAGUGUAUAGUUCUCUGUGCUAGAUGGAAGUAGCUUUGACAGUUCAAUAAAUAAAUUUUGUGUUUGUUGCUGCUGACCCUAGGUAAGGACAGCCUUGAGGAUGGGAAGCAGUGUUACAUAAAUGUCUAGUGUACAUAGCAACACCGAGAAGAGAGAUGCUGCUGCAUUGCUUUUGGUGCACCAGUCACACAUUAAAAUUCUGUCAUUGCAAGGUCAUGCUGCUCAUCUCAUACUCUACAGCCCCGGGGAAGAAAUUUGGCUGAGAAUUGGGGGAGGAAAAGCAAAAACUUCAUUGUGCUAUAACCAAGAAUAUAUUCAUCGACAGCAGGGCAGGGAAAUCUUUUCAUUUCAAAAGAGCAUGUUAUUUCUUUUUCAGGAAUAACGGGUUCCCUCCUAGUGAUGUGUAGUGGUGUUUGCAUGUUAGAAAUGUAACACAGUGGUAACGGGUUGUUUCUGAGUUGAAUAAGUAAUGCCUCUGAGCCUUUUCUUCUCCCUUUAAUAAUCUGAGAGAAAUGCAAAAUGCCAGAGCGCAUAUAAAGUGGACGGUGUCCCGAGCUGCACUCACUGCAGCCUGGUUAGGAAUGCUGCACAGAAACUCUGCAAGCUGCUGGAAGAAGCGAAGUUUAAGGCAAAGAGGAAAACUGUUUUAAGGAGAAACACAGCAGUGAUACAUGAUCUGUAGUCAGAAUCAGGUCAUGUAACAACAUUGGCUGUCACAUCUUUGAACAGUGCUGAGUCAGAGCCUGUCUUAAAGGUACACUUUGGCAUCAGGGAAAGUCGAGGGCUCUCGGGUUGGGUCUGCAAUGUGAGAUGAAAAACAGGUUUAAAUGCAGCCAGGCGAGCCACCUGUGUGCACCUUCCAGCUUGGAGUUCAGACCUGUCAUAUCUGAGGGUGAAUUGUGUAGACAAUGAGCUGCUCUGAGUCCUGAGUGCAGUCUCAGUUGUGUGGUUAGCUGAGGGUAUGGGCAUACCCUUUGUAUUUCUGUAGCUUUGUAGCAGCACGUUGUUCAGGGACUGGGGAGCAGGGGAUGAUGUUGUACCUCGUUAGGUGUUAGUGCUUAAAGCAUAUACUGUCUGGAACAGAUGAGGAUGGUGAAUGCCAGCUUCCACUGACAACUGAAUAUACCCUGCCUAUGUUUGCACUAUUGUUCAUGAGGAAUAAAUGGCAAAAUCUCUGCAGUGAAGAUACAAGUGCUGUGUUUUUCCUUUAUUGCAUUUUUUAUGCAAAUUUGAGAAUUAACUCUCAAAAAGUGUUUGCUAAGAAUGUGAAAAUUCACCUAUGGCAUUACUCUUUUUGAUUGCUUACGCGCUUUUAACAGUUUGAUAUACGCUUUUUGAGAAAAACAUAAUGUCCCCAAGCAGAGCUUAAAAAUGUGGCUGAGGUGCAACUUUGCAAAGGGUCUCACAUGAUAGUGAGGUGUCAUUCCCUGUUGGAGCUGGAUGCAUUGGUGCUUUUGUUAAUCUUAGUCUACUCCCUCUCUGUAGAUUAGCUUUCAUACCCAUCUCUUCCUUCUGCAUUACCUCAGCCUUCAUCCCGAGAUGUGCCCUAACCUUUGGAUCACUGGAAACAUCCUCAUCCAUGUGUCACGGAGUCCUCCUUUGUGCUCUUCCUUCCUCCAUAGCACAUGAUGUGUAAAGAGGCUCCUCCCACCUUCUUCUUCCCUUAACUCGAGAAAACACCACUUUGGGAAAUGCAGAGUUCCUCAAUUUUAAUCAUAGCAUACACCAGCCUUUAUAACGCUCCUAGUGUACACAAUCAAUGGGGAUCUUUUAGUCACUCUGAUUAGCUUUAGGAAAGUGAUGAGUUGCAACAUCCCAGUGCGGGAGAUGCUUUUUAGAACGAGAUAAGGGGCAGUGCCACAAGGACAGCUGUGAAGAAAAUCAAGAAAACCCAUAACAGCAAAGAUUAUGUCAUCUGCUGAAUGAGAAUCAGUGAUUUGGUUUUGUGAAAGUUGGCUCAUUUGUGGCCAUCACUGAAAUUAAGUCAUGUUUCUGCUUUUACACAUAGGCAUUUCAGGACAGCGGGCAGUGAUGGAAAGGAUUGCUUUUUUCAAUUACAUUCUCUUAUUUCCAUACAGCCCCUAGUUUAUCAACUGCAUAUAAAUUUCUCUUUUCACUGAUUAAAUAUUUCCUCACCUGGUUUCUUUGCUUCAGGGAGCUUGAGAGCUCAUUGUUUAUAAAGGUAAAGAAGAAGUAUUGUGCUGUUAAGCAGACAGCUCCCAACACAUAUGUUCUACUCUGCAUCUUUGAGAAGGAGGCACCGAUGCUGUGGUCCCUGCAGAAAGGCAGAGCAUUCACUGAGAUUCAGAUGUGACCAAGACCCUCUUCCAGGUUUCAUAUAUUGAUGAAGUUCUGGGCUUAUUAAUUAGCCUUUUCUGAAACAAGUAGCCUUAGCUCAUAUGUGCCAUGUUGUGAAACCCUUAAUCCCACUGAGAUUUUCUCUCCCUGUGUUUCUUCUGAUCACUUGCAAGAGCAAAUUUGAUCAAGCACAUCUGGGUAAGAUAUGGUUGCCUUGGUCUGUGAUAAUUGAGAAGAAAAUGCAUAAUUGUGACAUUUUUCCUCCACUGUUAUCCAAAAAGAUAUUUUGACUGUGCCAGCUAUAUUAGUUGCAUCAUGUGUAUGGUUUGGGGUUUUUUUCAUGUUCUAUGGUUUUAUAUUGUUUAUAUAAAUAUAUAUAUAUAAAUAUAUUUUCAUUUCAGAACAACAACAGAAAAACCCCCGCUCUUUUUACUUGGGAAAUGUUACCAUGUUCAAAACAUGUCUGUUUUUAAAAAAAAUCUUCCAAGAUGCUUAGAAGGACAGCGGAAACCAGGUGAAAAAUGCUAUUAUUUUCUAAUGGCAAAGCAUUCUACCUUUGUUAUUGAAAGGUACUGUUCAAACUAAGCAAUAUUACCACAAUCUGAGCUUUGACAAAUUAGUAUCUUCCUUUUAAAGCAUGUCUCUAGGAUCAUGUCUACACUGUCACUGGAACUUUCAAGGCAAUGUCUGCAACAGGCCUAGACUUGAGCUGCUCCAUAAUUUGAGUCCAGAUGCUGAGCCAGCUGCUGAGAGCUUGAUGGACUCUUGGGCACACACCAGCCAUCCCAGGAGAGAGCUGUGUGUACUGAGGGCAGGGAGCACAUUGGGCACUUAGCCUUCUUUAGCCACAGCUUAUGUUAUCUCAUAAUAGCUUCUGAGGUGAUGAGGAUAUAGGGUUAGGAAUUAUCUUGGAAAGGAAGGAGACAAAUGAUCCAUGUUUUUCUCACUUUGAGUAGUUAUUUGGCCCUCGUAAGCCAUAUGAGAGUUUGACAUGGUAAAUGUCUAAGAACUGGGCACACUACUACAAACAUGGGUAUCCUGGAAAGAACUUAGUCUGUGAUCCCACUAGUCAAAGGACUUCUUUGAACCAGAGUGCUACACAGACAGAAAAUAAUAAAUUAAAAUCCACUCUCGGGAAGGAAGAUAUGUACCCCAAAUGAAAUUGUUGCCAUCCCUAAAAUCUGGAAAAAGCAAUAAACUUAAGUUCAGCUUUCCCAUUCUUCUUUCAAGAAAUACACCUUGGAAGCAGUUAUUUCCAGUUAACACAUAUAAUGUGACAGAAAAAAUGAAUGCCUUGUCCUUUCUGUAGUUGAAGGUCUUGACUUCUUCACUACUGAACACGUUCUUCCCUCACUGUUUCCUGUCCCAAAAGAAAGAGCCCAGAAAAUUUGUUCUGAAUUCUGUAAUUGAUUAUUUUUUUCACUAGAGCUGAAAUAAAAAUAAUGUAUUAAAAAGAAGGUGGCAUUUACUUUUUAAUCUCUAUACAAUAUGCAAGAUAACCAUUUUGGAAAGUACUAGCAUAAAAGUCCACAAUUUUGAGUACUCGGUGUUCUUUUCAGAGAUGCCUGUUUACAUUAAUGUAAUUUCAAUCUGUUCUUAUGGGUUUUUAGAUGAGGAUGUGGUACAAUUCUUUGAAGAGAAAUGUCUGUUUAGUUUCCAAGUGGAACAGAAAGCAAAAUUUCAUCCUAAACUUUCAUUUUGAAUUUUUUUCCCUAGGCUUGACUUUAAGAAAAAGAAUAGUACUUAGUGGGUUUCUGCCCAUAACAAGUCAUACUCCUGUCAUGUGAAACAGCCCAUUUUGUACCUUCAGCUUGCUGCCCCCCAACACAACAGAGGAACUAUGUUUUACUGGCUGGAAGGAUUUAAAUAGGUCACUGUUGUAACUGCAUGCCUUGUGAACCCUCAAAGAGCUUCAAUAAGCUUUUCAGCUCUUCCAGUUCCCAUCAAAUGAAGCAAAGCUUUUACCAGUUAGCUGUAUAAUAAGGCAGAGCUAGAAAACAGAUCGUAAAUAAUGUUUGGGUUGGGUUUUUUUUUCUUCUCUCUUUUUCCUGAGUCCUUUUCUUCUCUUUUUCCUGAGUCAUAUGCAGAAAUCUUUUACCAUUGUGUCCCUUUCUUAAUUAUACAGCCCUGUGACUCCAGUUGCAAACCAUAGGCUAAAAAAGGGAUUAGACAGGGAGAAAUCCUGGGGUUUAUCCCACAGUCUUACAGUUUCCUUACAAACCAGUCACUCUGCCUAGGAUUUUCAGAGUAACAUGAAGAAUUCAAGUUCGCUGAGGUUUUGAUACCCAGCUGCAUUAAGCUCCUUUCUAAAAUCCCAUGUUCUUUUUGCCUGCCCGUAAAAUGAGAAUGGUCACAUCUGAGAAGAGUUUUAUGGAACGCCUGGCAAAUAGUCCUUCACUUCAAAUUUGUGGAGUUAAACUGCAAAAUCUUGGUUGCAGUAUGGAAAGGAUGCUCAUUUCCAAAAAAUACUAGACUGAAUUAACCAUUUUAUCUUAAUGGCAAUCCUGCGAAGUGAAGUAUUUGGCUGCUGAGUUCUGUUGCUGUUCAGAUGUUAUUUUUACAUUCUGUUAUAUUAGCAGGACACCCUAAUGUGAGUGUAUGUCUUUAAAUGUAUUUGACAAAGCACUGUACAUUUAUUCGUCAUGUAAUUAUGGCACUGUACUCUCAAGGUAUUUACUUUACAGGAAACUUCAUGACUUUGGAAUAAACAACCAUUCCAAGACAGCAAAACAUGGUUGAGUUGCUGUUUGUGACCUGGUUUUAAUUAAUGACAUACUGCUUUAAUCAUGGAAGCAUUGUGUAUGUGCAUAUGUGCGUAUGUAUUACUGCUGGCAAGGGAGGCUGGGAUUUUGCUGCUUUAACAGAGGCUCUAGCACUGUUUGAGGUGCCCUAAACUAGCUGAAACAUUCACA